AUGCAUAUUGUGGAUACUAGGAGACCUAUGUGGAGGGAUGUAGCUGUCUUGAGUCAGAAUAUCACAAGUAAUUGGCUAGUUAUGGGAGAUUUUAAUUCAGUUCUCCUCCCUAAUGAAAGGCAUAAUGGAAAUGCAGUAACUGAUGCUGAAACAAGGGAUUUUGAGGCUUGUGUUGAUAAUUCCAACCUAACAGAACUGAAGAGUUGUGGGAAUUUUUACUCUUGGAGUAAUAAGGGGCAAGGAGAUUUAAGGAUAAGCUCUAGGAUAGACAUGGCAUUUGGUAAUAUUGACUGGCAUAGUACCUUCACUGAUGCAAUUAUAGACUAUGUGAACCCUGGUUUAUCUGAUCACUCACCUCUGGUGAUGACUUGUAAGUCUCAUGUGGGGGGAGGAAGUAGGCCUUUCAAGUUUUUUAAUUACAUGGCUGAGCAUGAUAGUUUUCUUUCAGUAGUUAAAAAGGGAUGGGAAGUUCAGUGUCAUGGAACUGCCAUGUUGAGAGUAUGGAGUAAAUUAAAAGCAGUAAACCACGGAUUGAAAAACCUGCAUCAUAAAGAAUUUGCAAAAUUAGAUGACAGAAUUGAGCUGAUAAGGGGAGAAUUAGCUAGUGUUCAGUUACAACUGGCAGCCACUCUUACUGAUUCAUCCCUGCAAACUAGUGAGAAGAUUCAUAGUGAGAAACUCAUGAAGUUCUUGCAGAUUCAAGAGUGUGCUUAUAAGAAGAAAUCAAGAAUUAUGUGGCUUAAAGUUGGAGACUCCAACACAAAAUUCUUAUUUAGUGCAAUGAAAGAAAGGAAAAAAUUGACAACUAUUGAGGAAAUCAAAGAGGAGGUUAGUAGUUUUUACAAGAGUCUGAUUGGUACUGCUGCUUCUACUCUGGAGAGUAUUGAUGUGAACAUUGUGAGGAAGGGGAAGCAACUAACUUUUGAUGCUGCUGAAAGGUGGGUGCAGCCUGUUCUUGAUGUAGAGAUUGAUAAUGCCCUCAAAGAUAUUGACAUCAUCAAAGCUCAAGGGUUAGAUGGUUUAGACAGUUUGUUUUUCCUCAAAGCUUGGAAUAUAGUCAAAUUAGACAUUUAUGAGGCAGUGAAGGACUUUUUUAGGACUAGGCUGAUCUCCAAAAUUCUUACUGCCAGAAUGCAAGCUGUCAUUGAUGAUAUGGUGAAUUGUGCUCAGUCUUGGUUUAUUCCUGGAAGGGUUAUCUCUGAUAACAUUUUGCUAUCCUAUGAACUAGUUAAGUGUUAUUCAAGAAAAGUAGAUGAAGGAUUUGUGAAGGCUAUUUUUUCUACUUUCAAAAAGUUUUCAACAGCCUCAAGUCAGGAGGCUAAUCUCCAUAAAAGUGAAGUUUACCUUGCUGGUAUUUCUAGUUAUGUAGCAGAUCAUAUUAUGGCAACUAUUGGGAUUCCUAAAGGAACUUUUCCUUUUAAGUACCUUGGAGUUCCUCUCACUACAAGGGGGUUGAGCUUUACUGAUUUUAAACCCCUUAUUGAAAACACUGUGGCCAGAAUUAAGAGUUGGGCAGCUAGGCUGUUAUCUUUUGUCGGUAGACUACAAUUGGUGAAAUCUAUCCUGUUUGGUAUCCAGUUAUACUGGUGCAAGAUAUUUGUGAUGCCUAGGAAGAUUAUGAAGGAGAUUUAG